AUGAGUACCAUAACAGUUCAAAAUACGCAAGCAGUAGCGGCUGCCGCUACUGCAGUUGCAGCUUCAAGCUCUAAAGGUAAUGAAGUUUCGGUAUCAACCUCCAAUUUAUCCUUUGAUCAUACUAAUGAUGGUACCGUGGUAUCAUCAGACAGUAGCAUGGAUACAUCGAAGCAUGAAAAGAAGUUUGAAUGUUCGCAGUGUCACAAAAGAUUUACAAGAAAGCAGAACCUCAUCUCACACGAGAUGAUUCACAAAGAUUUAAGGCCUUAUUUCUGUCCUACAUGUGAGCGAGCGUUUAGAAGAAAGCAUGAUAUGCGCCGCCAUCAAAAGCUGCAUUUGCAUAAGAAACCGUUUGUAUGCUCAAAGUGUGGUCGUUCUUUCUCCAGAGGAGAUGCCUUGCUUCGUCAUGAAAAGUCCCAAUCUGGUUGUUCACUUCAAAAAUUCAAGAAACAGCAUCGAAUACUUUAUACUAAGAGUCCAACUACUCCGGUGAAAACUAACGUCAGACAUAUAUCUUCUCAUCCGAGUACCUCGAGUACUCCAGAUAUGCAUAAAGCAGAUACGCCUAAAGAAGUUGCUGAUGAUGUUAUUGGUUCGGCAAGAAAAAUUGAUGUUCAAGGUGACGGAAAACUAGUGGUUAGCAAUAAAUCUGAAGACUUCACCAAUCCCGUCUCUCUCAAGGAAUAUGUUGCGAGACUUAUAGGGAAUACUGAAAAGUAUAUCUCGCUUGAGCAUAAGAGGGAGGUUCUAGAGAUAAUAGAAAGUCUAGAGAAGCGGGUAGAGUAUUUAGAGCAUAAAAUUGCCCAGCGUGGAGAUUAA